GCCAAAGAUAGAAUAUGUCAUGAGUAGUCCGCCCUUCAUUUUAUCUCACUGUAGUGGGGAGGAGUGUUGGAAGGAUUGUUGUGUGAUAUUACAGCCUUUGAUGGUGCAACAUCAAGAUAGAAAAAUGUCACUUUGAAAUAACGCUUCUGAGCGUGGUCGAACAUUUGAGCAUCGUAAUGCGUCUAGCAUUUGUACAAGCAUAUGUGGAUUCAGCGGGCUACUAAUCAACGAAGUACUUAUAGUAAUUUACUUACCUGGUGCGAGGAAUAAUAUGUCAAGACCGAUGAGUGACGAAAGUCAUCCUCGGACCUUGUACGUCGGUAAUCUGGACGCUUCCGUGUCAGAAGACCUGCUAUGUGCCUUGUUCUCGCAGAUCGGUCCCGUCAAAGGCUGCAAAAUCAUUCGUGAGCCCGGAAAUGACCCUUACGCAUUUCUGGAGUUUACGAAUCAUCAAGGGGCUGCUACAGCCCUUGCUGCUAUGAACAAGAGGCUAUUUCUGGACAAGGAAAUGAAGGUAAACUGGGCGACAUCUCCAGGUAAUCAACCUAAACAAGACACUAGUAAUCAUCAUCACAUUUUUGUAGGGGAUCUGAGUCCUGAAAUUGAAACACACACACUUCGGGAAGCUUUCGCGCCAUUUGGAGAAAUCUCUAAUUGCAGAAUUGUUAGAGAUCCGCAAACUUUAAAAUCUAAAGGUUAUGCGUUUGUUUCAUUUGUGAAAAGAGCAGAAGCAGAAAAUGCAAUCGCGGCGAUGAAUGGUCAGUGGUUAGGAAGCCGCAGCAUUAGAACAAAUUGGUCUACAAGAAAACCUCCACCUCCUAGAAACGAAAGGCCGCGUCAUGCGAAUAAUAAAUUGCACACAUUUGAUGAAGUGUACAACCAGUCAAGUCCAACUAAUUGUACAGUCUACUGUGGAGGUUUCAGUAGUGGUAUAACAGAAGAACUCAUGCAGAAAACUUUCUCACCAUUUGGAACGAUACAAGAUAUUAGAGUUUUCAAGGACAAGGGAUAUGCUUUCAUCAGAUUCUCAACUAAAGAAUCAGCAGCACAUGCCAUUGAGGCCAUUCACAAUACAGAAAUCAAUGGUCAGACAGUUAAGUGUUUCUGGGGAAAGGAAAGUGGUGAUCCAAAUCAUGCUCAGGCUGGAAUGGGCCAGCCAGCAGCAGGUGGAGCACAGUAUCCAUAUACUUAUGGUCAGCAAAUGGGUUAUUGGUAUCCACAGAGUUACCAAGCAGCUGCACAAAUGCAGGGACAGUAUCUUCAAGGAAUGCAACCGGGUUAUCCAUAUGGUGGUGGGCAGUUUGGCUAUAGCCAAGGCUACAUGACAGCAGGCAGAAUGGGUGUGCAACUACCGACAGCUACUUGGCAGGGAGUUCCAGCUCAGCCACCAGUCCCUCCUCAGCAAAUGCCUCAAGGAACUGCUAUGCAACAGCCUGGAGCUGGCAUGGUGGCAUACACAAUGCAGCAGUUCCCAACGCAGUGAUGUGGAAUUUGUAUAAACUUGGUAAACUGCUGCUGCACAGAAAAAAAAGAGUAUCUUGUUUAUAAGCAGAGGUCUGCAUAAUGCUACUCAACCAGCUCUUGCCUUAAGAGAGGGAUGGGAACAUGGUUUUGCUUCUUUUCCAGUAACAAAUGCAAGAUCAUUUCGUAGUAUGUGCAAACUCGUGUUUAUAGUUGGUUUUUGCAACAAACUAAUGGUGUGUAUUAUUAAAAGUGGAGAACAAUAUUGCAUCUGACAGGCACCCUACCAUUGGCCAUGACUCCACUGCAGGACUAAAGCAGACAUGUUCUGUUCAGUAGCAACAUUCAUGGCAUAUAGUGUUGUGUUUUAAAAAGUAAAAAAAUCAUAAAAGAUGUGUUUACUGAAGAGAUAUGUAAAAAGUGAUAAGAUUUUGUAGAUUUGCUAGAUGACAACGGCAUUUUGUAUGCUCUCAUGGAGCCCCCAAGAUUUUUCUUUUCUGGAUUCAAAUGUCACUGGCAGGAUGCUGUUUGUAAGUGAAAAAUUUUCUACUUUUAAAUAUGUUUGUGAACUAUUUAAUUAUGUAACAUUGAAUAGACUGUGCUGUCAUUGCAUUCCACAUAAGAUGCUCAGAAUUUGUGUGUAAAACUGUUGAUGGGAUGAUUUGUAAAUUGGAAACAACUAUUGUUUACACAUCAGACUUCCUGCAAAUUGUUUAUUUAGUGUAGAUUUGGAGUUUUAAUUUUGUACUGUGUCCUGCUGGUGUUAACGUCAUACAACUGAUCAGCGUGUUGUAUUCUUAGCUUUAAGUUAAACAUGUCACAUGAGUAUGUAAUGCUGUUGUUUGAAUCCAAGCAGCUAACUUGAUUCACUGAUUGUUAUAAUAAAAUAUUUGGGUCUGGGUGAAAA